AUGGCUGAAGUUUUGCAGGAUGACGUGAAGUACGAUUCGUUAGUAAUAGGUAGUGAUGAAGAUUUGGAAGUUCUAUUCCAUUGUCGCCGGCAGUUCCCCGAGGUGAGGACCCCUGAGUUGUUGGCCAAGCUUGUGGAUGUGGUUUCCAGCUCAGGCGGUUCGAACCAGAAUUCCCAACCCGUUCCAACGGCCGCCUGUUCCACUUCGAGGCCAAGUGGUGCCUCGUCAUCGAUGCAUGCGAUUGCACCUGAGGCAAUGUUGGUUGCAUCCCCAUCCUUUGCAGCAGAUCUAAACCGCAGUGGUGACGGAGAAGUAGGUAUUGUUGAUACGAAACCACUUUCAUUGCAUGGUUUCGCAUCGGAUGGUGUAGAUGAUGUAUUGCGGGAUGAUGAUGAGGAUGACGAUGUGGAGCUGGACAUGAUUGCUGAUGAGAGUGGCGAAGAUAUAGUAGGGAGCAAUCCAGUUGGGGGUGCUGGAGGAUCUAGUUCAGGAACGCAGCAGUACCCUCCUCACUUUUCCACCUUGGACUUGGAUGCCAUGAGACAGCAGGCGAUAAGUCUUCGGCAGCGCAAAGGGAUUUGGGAGGUGAAAUGGUACAAUGGCCCUCAAACUUGUCUAGCCACCUCGAUAUCGAGUGACCACAGGAGUCUCGACUAUCAUGUGAUCUCGGCAUUCAUAAUGCCGAUGGUUAGAGCUGAUGCUGCCGUGUGUAUCAAGGUACUCCUGAAUGCGACAAAGGCACAUUUCAGUUUUAGACCGACUUAUAGGAGGGUUUGGAUGGCGAAGCAGAAGGUAGUGGCACAGAUCUAUGGAGACUGGGAUGAGUCAUACAGCGAGUUGCCACGAUGGGUUCUAGGUGUGCAGGUGACGAUGCCGGGUAGUGUUGCAAUGCUGAGGAUGAGUCCUGUGCGUGUGGGUGGGCAUGUGGAUGAAGCACAUGCGUACUUCCACCGUCUUUUUUGGACAUUCCCACCAUGUAUUGAGGCUUUCCGGCAUUGUAAGCCGUUGGUUAGCAUCAAUAGUACCCACUUGUACGGGAAAUACGGGGGGACAUUGCUCGUUGCAAUUGUUAAGGACGAAAAUUCCAACAUCCUACCUGUUGCAUUCGCACUUGUGGAGGGUGAGAAUGCUGAGUCAUGGUCCUUUUUCCUCUCCCACCUCCACCAGCACGUCACUCUGCAGCCGGGCAUCUUAGUGAUAUCGGAUCGGCACAAUGACAUAAAGGCUGCAUUGGAGGGCAAGGAUGCACGGAGGCUUAUGGUGAACGCGGCUUAUGCCAAGAUCGAAGUGGAGUUCGACUACUGGUUUGAUAUCCUCCGUUCUGAAGACCCUGCCAUGUGUGAUUGGGCUAACAGGAUUGACUAUACACUAUGGACACAACAUCGGGACGAGGGAUAG